GUCUUCAUCACUACCAUGAAGCUCUUGGGCUUCACAUGAUACAGGAUGCUGAAUGGUACUGGGGUGAUGUCUCAAGAGAGUUAGUAAAUGAGAAGUUGCAAAACAGGCCAUGUGGCUCUUUCCUGGUGAGAAAUGCCUCCUCGAACAUCCCAGGAGAAUACACUCUAACUGUGAGGAUUAAUGGCAACCAGAAGCUCAUAAAAAUCCUUCACCGAGAUGGGAAAUAUGGAUUUACAGAACCUCUCAGCUUCAAUUCAGUUGUGGAGCUCAUUGAAUACUUCCAAAACCGAUCACUGGCCCAGUACAACCCUGCAUUGGACGUGGCACUUGUGCACCCUGUCUCUCGCUUCUGUAUGACUCGAAAAGCAAAGGAGAUUCCUGAAGCCACCAGGAGAUGUUAUCAGAGGCAGUAUGACCGAACAGUCAAGGAAUAUAAUCAACUUUGUGGAUCUUACACACAGGAUAUUCAGAGAAUUACAAAAGUGAUCGAUGAUGUCAGUGAUAUUAUUGCUGUGUUUGAGAAUCAGUGUAACAUUGAUUCGUCAGAGCAUCCUCACAAAGAAAGACUUAUGGCAGAUCUGAAUAGGAUCAAAAUGCUAUAUAGUAAGCUGAAGUUUUGGCAAGAUGAAUGUCACCAUGGCAAGGUGCCGAGUCCUGUUUUGUCCAACAAAGAGAACCGCAUGGAGCCCAAUUUGAAGCAGCUUUCUAAAAUCAUCAGUCUACAGCUGACGCCGCACUUUCUGGCGACGCAGCAGGACUGCUUGUCAUUGUGGGAAGAGACCAGCUGGUUUGUUGGAGAGCUGAGUCGAACAGAGGCAGAGGAGUUGCUCCUUGGGAAACCAGAAGGAGCCUUCCUCAUUCGCCAUAGCAGCAGGAAAGGCUGCUAUGCCUGCUCUGUGGUGGUGCACCAGGAAGUUGGGCAUUGCAUCAUUCACUGCACUCCCCAUGGCUAUGGCUUUGCUGAACCCUACAACCUCUACAGGUCGCUGAAAGACCUGGUGCUGCACUACCAUCAAACCUCUCUGGCUCAGCACAACAAGGCAUUGGACGUGCGACUGGCCUACCCUGUCCACCUGCCUGUGUCCAGUCUUCAUAGUUAAGACUGAGACGCCUAGAACACUUCUAACCACUU